AUGUCAUACGCUGUCAACACAGUUGAUGCUGCGAUGGCCGAGGCCCUUAGACAUCUGAGCCAGAUAUCUACCUAUUUUCGUGAUCGCCAAAACAACACUGAUGUCGCCAACGAUAUCGGAAGACUGAGCACCAUGAUCGUCAUCAGAUUCUCUGAAGGCAUCAUGAAUGUCCCAGCCACGGAAUUUCUUCUGGCACCGCAGGCAAGAACGCUCACUAUUGUUGAGAUUAUAGCUGCAGCAACGCUAAUCGGAGUAGACCGCCUUGUCUUGCAGCAGGCAUCGAUGCGUGACAGGCAGCUUCUUCCGAAUGGCAAUUGGGCUCGAGUUGUUGGCACAGUGCCCGAGGCUUCCACUCAGGCCCAGGCCCAGGAGCUAGUGCAGUAUAUGUCACCCGCGUCCUUGACUUCGAGUCCUCUGUCUAGACAGAGCCAGAAUAGUGAAGAAGAGGCCGAGUGCCGCGAGUUGGCCAAUGCUUCACUCAGUCUCAAUCCGCACAUCAUGCCAAACCCAACUGAGGCCAAGGCUGGAGUAAUCCGCAUCUAUGGCAAGACAGCCAGAGAGCAUACUUCCUUUAUUACCACUCGCAUUCACGAGGGUGCGCUGCUGGAGGUUCGCGUCGAGGCCGACGAUAGAACUCGCGUGACCUUCCAGCUUGCAAGCGCGGCUGUCGAGUUUCUGAAGUCCAACCGCGAGAUGCAACAGUUGCUGGGCUACGGUCGUUUCGGCACCGGUUAUCACGUUGAGCUGGCGGAGAUUGUGGACUGGAAUGAUGACCUCCGCCGCAUGAACCAGCCGAUCCGUGAGCGUCGCCGCCUCUCUUUCGCCAGAAAGAGACUUUUUGCGGAGGGGAUGACUCCUGAUAAGUGGAAGCAUGAUAUUCGCCAGCUGGCGGGACCUGGCGCUAUCGACUUUCUUUGGGUUUUCAAUUCUGGUAACGCUACUGCUGUUUUCAACAGCACCAUUGUCGCUCGCCGCGUGCUAGAGACAUUCGAGAAUUGGAAAAACGGCCGCAACGUUUACAGUGGUGUCUCUGUGACCUACUCCUCUGAUCCCUGUGAGAAGGAGCUCGCCUUAGUCCGCGAGAGCCGUGCCAACAUGGGCAGAGGCUAUGUGAAGCGGGUCAUCCGCUGA